AUGAUACGAUUUGUAAUAAUUCGUUUGGAAAAAACAAUUGGAACAUUAACGAACAAAUGGAACAAACAGCGACGACCACCUCGGAAACAGCCUCGAAGUGUUGUGUUUGUUGAACCUAAAAGUAGUACUAACAUUGAUUUUGAAACCAAUAAUAAUCGUUAUAAUCACUCAGAUCACAUUGAUUAUCAUCAGCACACUUUGAAUAAUUGUUAUAAUUGCACAAUUGCUUGCACAGAUGCUCAGUCGCAUUGUUUGGCAAAUGUCGAUGAAUUUCACUUAACAUAUACAGACUCAAAUAAUUCAGAAAUCCCAUCGCGUGAACAAAUUCUUAAUGAAAUUAUUCAAGAAUGUAGUCAAAUUGAAAUGCAUCAUAGCUUAUCAUCGACUGUUUCAUCGCAUUCUUCUUCACCACCUCCAAUCACUGAUAAUUUUCAUUUUAUCACGCUAAACGAAAUUAAUUUCGAAAAAAAUCGAAAACAUAACUCGGAAAGAAAAAAAGCACAAAAUCGAGUUGCCGCUUCACGUUAUCGAGAAAAAAAGCGACGUUUUCGCAACGAACAAACUGAUUUGAUUAAGAAAUACGAAACUAAAAAUAAAUUUUUGCGAUCGAAACGCGAUGACCUCCAAAAGGAGAUUUAUUUCAUGCUUAAUAUUAUGGAAGAAUUCGGUUUCGCAGACAAAAUCAAUUCGUUUAAAAAAUUCUCAAUGAAAUCGAAAUUUGAGAAAUGUUCACGCGAUGAUAUUAAUACGACUGAUGCCGAAUAA